UUUGAUACAAGCAAGAUGACGGGAAUUUGGAGAGCCAAUAUGCGUCUUGUCAAUGCUUUCUCCAGAAACUUUGCGACCAGUAGCACGGUCUUGAAGGAUAGUAUGACUCACUUUGGGUUUAAGACUGUUCCGCAAGAGCAAAAGGAGCAGCUUGUCAAAGGUGUGUUUUCUUCUGUUGCGUCGAACUACGACAUUAUGAAUGAUGUGAUGUCAAUGGGAAUACACAGGUUAUGGAAAAAGCAUCUGAUUGAGAAAUUAGACUGUGGAAUGAGGCCAAACUCGUCGGAGCCGCUUCAUUUCUUGGAUGUCGCGGGAGGUACAGGAGAUAUUGCUUUUGGACUACUUGACCACGCAAGACUCAAGUAUGGAGACAAUAAGUCCACUAUGGUUGUUGCCGACAUCAACCCCGACAUGCUCAAAGAAGGUGCCAAGAGAUGUCUUUCCACAGCAUAUGCGAACUCUCCAAGAAUUCAGUUUCUAGAACAGAAUGGUGAAAAAAUGGACGCGAUAGAGGACAAUUCCAAAGAUGUGUACACUAUUGCGUUUGGAAUCCGGAAUUUUACAGAUAUCCAGGCGGGAUUGAAGACGGCAUACAGAGUGUUAAAGCCUGGCGGAAUUUUUGCAUGUUUGGAAUUUUCGCAAGUGGAUAAUCAAGUGCUUGAUUACAUUUACCAGGCGUACUCGUUUUCACUGCUACCACUGAUGGGUCAGUUAAUUGCCAACGAUAGAGAUUCGUACCAAUACUUGGUCGAGAGUAUUCGCAAAUUUCCUAACCAGGAAACCUUCGCUAAUAUGAUUAGAGAGGCCGGCUUCUACGUCCCAGGCAGGGGCUACGAAAAUCUCACCUUCGGCGUGGCUGCUAUUCACAUCGGAGUCAAGUUGUAAAUAUUUUUUUCCUGUGCUCAUAACCGUGUAUACAAACUAUAUAAGGCGAAAAAAUUGCACUAUUAGAAU